GAGGUCAGAAUAAAGAAGGCAAUGGGGUGCUACUGAAAUGUGGUUGUGUAUUAGGAAUACUGAUUGGAUCGCGUGUUGAAGAAAGAAGCUGGUAGCAGGGGAGCCCAGCUAAUAAUCCAGAGAAAAGGGGAGAAGUCUAAACUAAGAAGGGCCGCUGAGCACAUAGAACCAGAAAAGCUUUACUUACAGCAGGAAUAAGAGAGGAGAGGAUGCUUCUAAUCUGAGAGAGCUGAGCUGGGAGGUUCUAGAAAUAGGGAAGCUAGAAAGGAGAACUAGUUAUCAGGAAGGUCCCAGAUUUCAUCCCUCCUCUCCAUCCCCUGUUCCUUCCCUCCACUGCAUCGCAAGACUACUCACUCUGGAUGGGUGGGAGCAGGAAGGCAUGGUAGGUACAUGGGACUAGAGCCAAAAAGCCCCAAGUUAAUAGAUCUGAAAUCUCCUGCCUGAAAUCCUCCUGUCAAUAUGGAAUCUCUCCCCUCAAUACUCCAUAAUAAGAAUUAGGUCAGACUGCAGAGAAGAAGAGGGGUGAGAGCAGGAGGUACUUCAUUGGACUCCCACAUCUGGGGAGGGGGGAGCAUUUCCCCUGUCUCUGUGCUCCGGAAGGAAGCUCCUGUGGCUUUUGUAGCUGUGGCUGGUUGUUGUGCUUCAGGGGACAGGGUGAUUGAGGCAGGGACGGGGAGAAAGCCGGGGCCCCCCAAGCCCACAGUGACUUGGCUCCAGGAGAUCGAGGAGCAGCGUUUGUCCUGGAAGGCUCAGACCCACACGUCCUGGGCAUUAAUGAGCGAUAGGAAAUGCUCCAAUUAUACGGCUGGGUUCCCGACCUUGGAGUGUGCCUUUGGGCUGUGGUCCCUGCUGGGCGUGGUGACCCUGUUGCUCCUUUUGGCAUUGGCUGAACACCUAAUCCGAUGGACUAGAAAAAAGAGCAAGGCCUUGCCGGGACAGGACAGCCCCAAGAAGCCUGUGGAAGAGGUACCACUGUACGGGAACCUGACAUACCUGCAAACAGGGCGGCUACCGCAGAAGCCAGGGCCUAUUCUUCAGGAGCAAUCAGCAGGAGACAUCCCCCGAGUGGGAGAGGAGGCAAUGUGCUAUGCCAGCCUGCAGCUGCAGCCUCCUCAGGGCCGCCCCCCAGGACCCAGUGCAGGGCCCCCCAUCAAAUACUCAGAGGUGGUGAUGAUGCUGGAGCCUGAGCAGUCUGCCCCCAAGCCCCGGCUCCCGGAGCCCGAACUCUACGCCUCGGUGGGCUCCCAGACCCGCCGGGCAGCCUUCCCUAACGAGGACUACGCCAACAGCCAGCCAGGAGACGAGUGACAGGACCCAGAUCCCAGCACCAGACGCAUCUGGGGGAGGGGGCAUCGUCCGUAGGAAGAAGUCCCAUCCUGACCUUCCCUUCUGACCCACAGUUGUUUUAGUUUGAGUUAUGACCAUGGGACGUAGCAGGGGAGCGUACCCCACAACAGACAGCGGCCUUUCUCCUUACUAGGAGGCAGGGGGGAGAGGGGAGGCUUCUAGCCUGGGCAAGACACCCACUCCACUUCAAACCCCCUGCUUUCAUGAACCCUCCCAUCUCUGUCCCUCUGAGGUUAACCAGUUCCGGCCCCAACUCCCCUCCUCUAGUUUCUUCAGAAAUACAGGAAGUGGUGGCGUGUUGGGGGGCAGGGGCAAGCACAAGCAGCUGUGAGAAGACCUAAGGGCCCAGGGCAGAGAGAGCAAGCGCAGGUGGGAGAGCUCCUGCGAGCCAGGAUGUCUGCAGGUUGGGGGGAGCCGGGGUCAUUCUGGCCCGGGACAAGCACGAUGACCCCGUGUCUGCAGCCUUCGUCCUCAGCCCCUGAGACAGGUUCCAAGAAAGUGAAAGAACAGGGUGGAGCCAGGGGCACAGUCCCCUCUCCUGCUGUUUAAAAUUUUUUUAAUCAAAUAAUCUCUCACUGUAAAAAAAAGGAUGCAUGUUUCUUUUAAAUUAAAUAUUUUCUAAAAUAUGA